CCCCGUACGACCUAACUGGUUAUCAACUCCCAGGAAAUCAAAGCCUAUUCCAUCUUCCAAGGACGGGUUUUCUUGUUAGAACGAUAAUGGCCGACGAUGCUGAAAGAAGGCUUCUUGAAGAUCAGCUAGAGCUUCAACUACAAGAACAAAGAGAAUCAAUCGUUGCUCUUGAUGAAGCCCUAGCGUCCGACCCCCAAAAUCCCGAAAUCCUUGAGGUUCAUGCAGAGCUUCUUCAAGCUAUCAAAGAUGCAGAAGAGGGGCUGUUUGUCCUGAAACGAGCUCGAUUGUUACAAGAAGUUGACAUUUUACAGAAGACAAAAGAAGGUGAUAAAGGGUUAAAUCAAAAUCCUGUUGAUUCCAAACAUAAAGAAGUGGAAGCUGAUGAUACGAAUCAAUCCAAAGAAGUAGAAGUGGAAUAUUCCAUUGGAUCAAAAUGUAGAUUCCGCCACUCUGAUGGACGAUGGUAUAACGGUUUAAUUGUUGCAUUGGAAGGUUGUAAUGAUGCAAAAGUUUGUUUCUUGACUCCAACAUCAGAGAACCAAUUGAUGUGCAAGUUCUUCUUACAACAACGAUGUCGAUUUGGUUCAAAAUGUCGCUCUUCACAUGGCAUCGAUCUACCUCUCUCAUCAUUAAAAAAAUAUACACCCACAAAAUGGAAUCAAUCAUUGGUGGGGUCCAACGUAUGGGCAACCUCCGAGGGUAAAAUCGGAAUUUGGCGCGAAGCCGAACUCGAGUCAUGGGAUGAUGAACUCGGGUCAGGCCGGGUAGUUUUCCGGGACAAUGGGACCGCUUCAAAUGUCGGAAUCGAAUCUUUAUCUUUAUCUGAAUACGCCCAAAUGAGCGAUGAAUACAACACCGAUUCAUAUUCAGAAUCAGAUUCAGAUUAUGAAAAUGAAGACACAUCAGAAGGAUUAGGAUUAGGGUUAGGGUUUCUUGAAAGUUCAAAUCUUCAAAGAGGGAUACAAACAGAAACCGCAAUUUUUGCAAAAUGGGAAAAUCACACGAGAGGAAUGGCGUCUAAAAUGAUGGCUAACAUGGGUUUUCGCGAAGGGAUGGGUUUAGGGGUCAAUGGUCAAGGAAGAGUUGACCCGAUUUCGGUCAAAGUUUUACCUCCAAAAAAGUCUCUUGACUAUGCAUUAGAAUCGGUUCAAAAUAAAGAUUCUCAAGAGAAGAAACGGAGUAGAGGCGGGAAGAGAAAACGGGAUAAGAAAUUUGCAGCGGCAGUUAGGGCGGCAAAGGAGGUGGAGGAGCCGGUUUCGGAUAUUUUUAGUUUGAUAAACACGCAGUUGGCCGGAAAAGAAGGGUUUUCCGGGAAGAAAGCGGCGGAGAAGAAGGAUGUUCCGGGGGGGAAGAAUGGUGAGAGGCGGGCGUUGGUGGCGUUUGAUGAUGAGGUGAAGGAGUUGAGGGGGAGAGUUGAGAAAUUGGAGGAAAUGGCGAGGCGGAAUAAGAAAGAGAAGGUGGUUUAUGAGGCGGCGGUUAGGAAACUUGAUGAGACUAGGCGGAGUUUGGCGGCGGUUGAGGCGGCUCAGGCGUCUGCUUCUAAUGCGGUUGCUAGUAAAGAAAAGGAGAAGAGAUGGCUUAAGUUUUGAUGUGUGUUUUGGGAUUGUUUGUAAUUUGAAUAUGUCUGAAAAAGAAUGUUUGGGUUGUUUAAGUUAAGAGGGGAUUUGUUAAUUUUAUGAAAAUGACCAUUUUGCCCU